AAAAUGACGCCUUGUAAACGUUAACUUUGUAACUUCUGCAGCGGCUAAGCGGUCAAAGUUUGUCUCUGCACAGUUAUGGACGAAGUAAUGGGAGCACAGCUGAUUGCUGAGUCUCUUAAGACUCAGAAAGUGGACUACAUGUUUGGGAUAGUUGGGGUUCCGGUCAUUGAAGUUGCCACGGCUGCGCAGGCGGCGGGGAUUAAAUACGUGGGGAUGCGCAACGAGCAAGCGGCAUGUUACGCAGCAUCUGCCAUUGGAUAUCUUACUGGAAGACCAGGUGCCUGCCUGGUGGUGUCUGGCCCUGGACUCAUUCACGCUCUUGGUGGGAUGGCCAAUGCAAAUAUGAACUGUUGGCCUUUGAUUGUUAUCGGGGGAUCCUCAGAUCGAAACCAAGAAACAACUGGAGCGUUUCAGGAGUUUCCUCAGGUUGAAGCAUGCCGCUUGUAUAGCAAGUUCUCUGCACGACCCAGCGGUCUGGAAGCUAUUCCUGCAGUGAUCGAGAAGGCAGUUCGCAUAAGCAUAUAUGGACGUCCGGGUGCUUGUUAUGUGGACAUUACAGGGGACAUGGUCAAUGCUAAACUGAAAAGGAGCACAGUCAGAGCUGUGACCUGUUGUCCACCUCCUUUAGUGAGUUUGGCUAACCAUGCUGCAGUCACAGAAGCUAUCGCUGUCUUGAAAGCGGCUCAAAAACCUUUAGUCAUCAUUGGCAAAGGAGCAGCCUAUGGUAAAGCAGAAACUGCUCUAAAGGAGCUGGUGGAAACGGCUGGACUGCCGUUCUUGCCCACCCCCAUGGGUAAAGGGGUGCUGUCCGAUGACCAUCCCAACUGUGUGGCUGCUGCUCGCUCAAGAGCCCUUCUCCAGGCUGAUGUGGUGCUUCUGCUUGGAGCUAGGCUGAACUGGAUCCUACACUUUGGUCUACCGCCCAGAUUUGACCCUCAUGUCAAGGUCAUCCAGGUGGACCUUUGUGCUGAGGAGAUGGGGAAUAAUGUGAGGCCUGCUGUUGCCCUCCUGGGUGAUAUCAAUCAAGUUGUCAUACAGCUACUUGAUGGCGUAUGUAGAGAUGGCUGGAAGUACUCCUCAGAUACAGAGUGGUGGAACACGCUUAGGAAGAAGAUCGCUGCCAAUGCUCUGUCCAACAAGGAGCUUGCACUUCAGUCAUCAGUUCCAAUGAACUACUACACAGUGUUUCACCACAUCUCAGAGCUGCUGCCACAUGACUGCAUUAUUGUCAGCGAGGGAGCAAACACAAUGGACAUAGGGCGCACAAUGUUGAAAAACUACCUACCACGACACAGGUUGGACGCUGGCACGUUUGGAACAAUGGGCGUUGGCCUCGGCUUUGCUAUAGCAGCUGCUGCUCUGGAGAUGAGCGAGAAAAGAGGUCAAAGGAUAGUUUGCGUGGAAGGAGACAGUGCCUUUGGAUUUUCUGGCAUGGAGGUUGAGACCAUGUGCAGGUAUAAUCUCCCUGUGGUCAUCAUUGUGGUCAACAAUAAUGGCAUAUACAGUGGAGUGGAUUCAGACACUUGGAAGGAAAUGGCAAAAAUGGGAGACCUGACAACUAUAGCUCCACCUAUCACUCUCCUACCUGAAGCACGCUAUGACAAGGUUAUGACGGCAUUUGGCGGCCGAGGGUUCCUGGUGAAGACUGUGGAGGAGCUGCGGAAUGCUUUGCAGCUCAGCUUAAGUGACUGGGAGAGGCCCAGCCUGCUCAAUGUGCUCAUUGACCCUUCAUCAGACAGGAGACAACAGGAGUUCCCUUGGCUCACACGCUCCAACCUGUAGACCUGCAGAGAUCUGCUUCCUGCUUUCUGCACAGCAGGCAGCGACUAUUUCUCCUCAGCAAACUCCAACGUGAACCUAAUAUGUCUUGUUAACAUUGAUUUAUGAAAUGAUUCAGUAUAUUUUGACUGCAAAGUUGUAUUUCCUCUAACUAAGUAAAAUCAGAAAAGACCACUUUGACACCCAUGUUUUUUAAACAUCAGGAUUAAAUGCCUUUGCUUGGUAUGAAAUCAGAAUUUCGCAUUUUGCCACAUGGAAAAAAACUAUCACGUUUCAUGUUAAAAGUAGUCUAAUUACCAAUUAUUAAAA